UCAAAUCCUCUCGUCUAUAGUCUAUUGCACUCUGACAGACACUAUCAGAUUUCAGAGGCGGAGGCGGAGGCUGGAGCUGCCUCAACUCAAGUCUUCAACUAUCUGAAUCUGAACUCAUCCACUCACUCGUUAGCGCUGCUAGAACGAAAACUGAGUAAUGGAAAGUGGAGGGAACUCCCUUCCAUCAGGGUCAGAUGGUGUGAAGAGAAAGGUUUCAUAUUUCUAUGAUCCAGAGGUUGGAAACUAUUAUUAUGGGCAGGGACACCCAAUGAAACCUCAUAGGAUUCGAAUGACACAUGCUCUUUUAGCCCACUAUGGAUUGCUUCAACACAUGCAGGUCCUGAAGCCUACGGCUGCUAAAGAUAGGGACCUUUGCAAGUUCCAUGCUGAUGAUUAUGUGGCCUUUUUGAGAGGCAUCACCCCUGAAACGCAGCAAGAUCAAUUGAGACAGCUGAAGAGGUUUAAUGUUGGCGAAGACUGCCCUGUAUUUGAUGGUCUUUACUCCUUCUGCCAGACAUAUGCAGGAGGUUCUGUUGGUGGUGCUCUAAAAUUGAACCACGGAGCAUGCGAUGUCGCAAUAAAUUGGGCUGGUGGUCUACAUCAUGCAAAGAAGUGUGAGGCUUCUGGGUUUUGCUAUGUUAAUGACAUUGUGCUGGCUAUUUUGGAACUUCUCAAAAUACAUGAGCGUGUUCUGUAUGUGGACAUUGAUAUCCACCAUGGUGAUGGUGUAGAGGAGGCCUUUUACACCACUGACAGGGUCAUGACUGUUUCGUUUCAUAAGUUUGGGGAUUACUUUCCUGGAACAGGUGAUAUUCGCGAUAUUGGAUAUGGUAAAGGGAAAUAUUAUUCACUAAAUGUUCCCUUGGAUGAUGGAAUUGAUGAUGAGAGCUAUCAGUCCUUGUUUAAGCCAAUAAUGGGAAAGGUUAUGGAGAUUUUUAGGCCUGGUGCUGUUGUAUUACAAUGUGGUGCCGACUCUUUAUCUGGGGACAGAUUAGGUUGUUUCAAUCUUUCCAUAAAAGGUCAUGCAGAGUGUGUCAGACAUAUGAGAUCUUUUAAUGUUCCCCUUCUAUUGCUCGGGGGAGGUGGCUAUACAAUAAGAAAUGUGGCACGUUGUUGGUGUUACGAGACUAGCGUUGCUCUUGGGAUUGAACUAGAUGAUAAGAUGCCUCAACAUGAGUAUUACGAAUAUUUUGGUCCUGACUAUACUCUUCAUGUUGCUCCAAGUAACAUGGAAAACAAGAACUCCCGACAUUUAUUGGAUGAAAUAAGAGCAAAACUUCUUGAUAAUUUAUCUAGGCUUCAACAUGCACCAAGUGUCCCAUUCCAGGAACGGCCACCUGAUGCAGAGCUUCUAGAGAGAGAUGAAGAUCAAGAUGAUAGAGAUGAAAGAUGGGAUCCUGAUUCUGACAGGGAGGCUGACAAUGACAGCAAUCCUGUUCGCAGAAGGGUGAAAAGUGAAUGUGUUGAAGCUGAGGAUAAAGAUGCAGAAAGUUAUGAUAAACAUCUAGAUUGUGGAAGAGAUUUUCUCAUGCCUUUCAAGGAGAUUUCAUGCUCCAAGGUGUUGGGGGUGGACUCAAUGGCAGUGGAUGAACCAUGCAUCAAAGAGGAGCAGGAUAAUUUAAAAGAGCUUUCUGAUCACAGGUCACGAUGAAGCAAUAAUAAGCAUUAUUGAUCAACCUUCUCCUUGACUAGUAAACUGAAGACAUAUAUGGUGCAAGCUUGCCUUGGCUUUUGAUGUUUAAUAUUACUGCAAGAUGAAUGUAGUAGUUAUUUUUUCUGUAUGUUACACUAUGGUAGGAGCCUUUGUCAAGGGAGCAGCUCAUUGUUGGAUCCGUUGAGAUGAAGUAAUAACAUUCAUCUUGUGUUUCUUGGAAAAAUGAUUAAACAAACACAUGCUUUCACCAUAAAUCUAGUUUGUCAUUUAUCGAUAGCGGUGCUUAGUGGCAUUGGGCCACUACAAGGAGACCGUUGCAUCUCAGUUCAGUGGUGCGUGCGGCCAUUGCGGCUGUAUCCCAGAGUGGUGGAACGUCAGAUUGUUUCAAAAUCUUCUAGAAGAUCUGUCUGAAGUUGUUUCAAAAUCCCAAAAAUAACCUUACUGAGUGGUGGUAGUGGGGCCAUUUUGGGAAUUUUAAUAUUGUAUCAAGUAUCAACAUCAAAGAACAAAAAACCCCUCGACCCUUCAUUCUCCUCACUUGUGCAUGACAGCCUCUUGCUUUCAGUGAGGUACAGUCCCUUAAUUUUUUGGAAUUUUCACUUUUAGUCUUCAAUAAUUUUUUUACUAA